CCCCCUCCGACUCCACCCUCUUCCCGCCCCCUCCAUCCUUCCCUCCUCAUCUGAUUUUCAAAAUCCCGCUAAAACCCUAACCUUGAAAUUCCCUUUAAAGAUUCGUCGUCCGAUCAUCUCAGGGCUCCUUAUCGGAGUCGGAGGAGGAUCGAUGGCUUAGAGAAGAGCGGCGGUGGCUUCCAGAGGAAUCGAGAUGGAAUUCCAAGCGGGAUGCACUCGAUCGAGAGAUCUAGGCCAUGAAGUUCGAGAUCGAGGCUCUAAAGCGGGAGCGAUUGUCACAGGAAGCAUCAGUCAUUGAUCUGAUCACGAAUCUCACGGGUCUCUUGCAGACCCUGAAGGGUGCAGAUUUGAAGUCCGUCUUGGCGUCAUCUCGUAAUCAGAUUCCUGAUCGAAUCGAAGAAGUUCCUGUUGUUGACUCCGUGCCAGAGGAAGAGCGGAAAGAAAAGAGGAGGCUGCGGAGGAAGGGUUCAGAAGGAGAGGAUGUUAGAGGCUUAGAGCUAUGUAGGUCUGCCAUGGAAGACGGUGAAAUUUCUUGCAUUUUUUAUGAAGCAAGCUUUGCAGAAAUUAGGAUUCUACUCAGGCGCGGAGGAUGUAGAAUUUUCAACCUUUUCGAGCGGAGCCGAGAAUGCUGUAAAAACAUGGCAUCGGUUGGGUUGCCUGAAGAUGGAGUUAUGACUUUGGAGCUGUUGGAAAGGAUAUAUGCAGAAGUGCCGCUGAAAGCAAAUGCUGAUGAGGAUGACGAAGAAAGAAGCACUGAGCCGAUUGCUGGCAAGGAUGGUGUUAAUGGAUCUGUCCGAGCAUCCAGCACUUCAGUCACUGAAGUUUCAGAGAUGAAGGAAAUGCUUUUAAAGGAUAAUGUUUUCAUUGAAGUUGUGACUUCAGAGCAUAAAGCCUUUCUUUUGGAAGAAAAUAGGUGGGAAGAACCGUCGAGACUUUUGGGUAGCAACAAGCAGAAUGGUAAAGGUUAAGCCAAGUCAGGAACAAAGUGCCUUGCCUGUAGUGGUGAAGGCCGUUUGAUGUGCACAGGGCAGACGACAUUGCGGCUCACUACUGAGUACAGAGGACAGAUCCUCUCUCUCUCUCGGGCGACACAACAUGGGUUGCGCCACCUCCAAGGUAGAGAGCGUAGACACCGUGGACCGCUGCAGAGAGCGGCGCCGCCUCAUGAAGCAGGCGAUGAAGUCCCGCCACCACGUUGCUUCCGCCCACGCCGACUACCUUCGCCUGUUCGCCACCUCCGCCUCACGGUCUCGGCUCUCUCCCAUUUUUCGGCCGGCGAGUCCCUCGCCGUCAGCGACGGUACUCUCCCUCUGAUCCUCUGCCGUUGUUCCUCCUCCUCCUCCUCCGGCCCUUCACCCUCCCGCGAAAUCCAAAUCCUUCCACCAUACUACCACUUCUGCCGCCGAUUCCUAUCCCGCUAAUCUUCACCUUCCUUCCAAAACCGUGACGGUGGGAGUUUCCGCAACCCCGUUUCCUACUCAUUCUAUAUCCGGAUCCUCUACUUCUUCCAGUUUCCGGGCUGCCGGAAAACCCAGGAGCAGAGAAUUCUAAGCUGACAAGCAAAAUGUGUACGACAGUCCAAACAAAAGCUGCGUGGCAAAAACUAGACACAGACGGAGACAAUGCCCACAUGAAUUGUCUCUGGCACUAACGAUUUAUUCAGGAACUAAGUAAGUAACCAUUACGGUGGAACCUGUAUAAUUCUGCCUAAUCUGUGCUGGAACAUAAAAAAAACAAUGGAGAGCACCGAAUCUAUGGUAUCUAAAAGAAAGAACUGCAAGGGAAUGUGAAAUCUAAAAGAAAGAACUGCAAGGGAAUGUGAAAUUUGAUCACGUAGGAGAGCGAAGCAGGAAAACCAACAACACAUUUUGGAAAGAUAGCAGGACUUUUCCUUUAGAAUUUUAAAGCAAAACCCAAACUUGAGUAAAAUGACUGAAAGCCACAAACCAAUAAAUUAGGACUGAAAGAGGAUCGCUUUUCCCCUCGCAGAUGUGUUGUUUUUUGUUACUUCAGGCGGAUUAUACAGGUUCCGAUCCACCGUAAUGGUUACUUACUUAGGCAUGUGAAGUAACAAAAAACAACACAUCUACGUUUUUCAUUUAAUAGAUAAAACUUCUACGUUUUUUACUACUCCCCUUCAUCUCUGCUUUUUUCUUCAGUGAGAGAAUUUGCUACUGUGGUCUCUUCUCCUUCCAUGUACUUGUGAAUCUGGUCUAUUUAUUUAAUAGGUGUGGCUUUGUCCAUUUGGCUUUUCCUUCUUUGGCUAAAUGCGGUCCUUUGUGUCACUGUGUAUGCGAUGAGAGGAAUCCAUUAAUUCUCGCUCGGCCACAACUUUUUUACAAUGAGGAGGGCGAGUUUUCUGGAAAAAGAUGAAGAGAAAGACAUAUUGGACAAGAAGGAGCAGGAGAUUAGAAAGAUGCCAUCAAGGCGAUAAACAUCAGCAGCUUGUAUAUUCUUCGGCUGCUCGCCAACAAGUAGUCUUAAGAAAUUUGGGUCGAACGUUCAGUUUUGAACUAGUUUUGCUUCUUCUGAUUCUAAUGCAUCUUGAUUCUUAUUCCAGGAACAGGAGACAAAGUUUUUUUGCCCUCAAUAAAUAUCUCUACAGUUGAGGAAAUGAGAAGAAGAGAAAAGCUCAUUAUUUAUCAUCAUGCAAAAUUAGGAACCAGAGUGGGCGAGAAACGAAUAACAUUUAGCGGCUGAAAGAAAGCACGUCGUUAGCAGCUCCAAGGAAGAGAGAGAGAGAGAGAGAGAGGGGGAGAGAGAGAGAGAGAGAGUACCAGAAUAAGCAUUCUCACACACCACAGUGGCCUUAGUACCAACUCCCCUGGACCUUUUCCUCAACAUGAGUCUUUCUCUCUCCCCCUACCCUUCCUGUCUCCCACACAAAGGGCUUGUUUGGUUGGGAGGGAAAGGGAGAGAUUGCUCUUAUGUUUGGUUGGUUAAUUAGAAAGAUGAAAAUGAAAGAAAAGGAAGAAAAAGGUUUUUAUAGUGUAAAUUUAAUUCCUCCCAGACGGAUUGAAAGGGAAAGGAAAAAGAGUAAGUAUAAAAGUGUUGACUGCCCACAAUACUCCUCCAUGUUUUUU